AUGGACGCGCCCGGCGAGCCGAGCACCCGGCCGCGCUCGCUGCCCAGCCCGAGCCCCAGCCCGAGCCCGCAGGCGGCCGCCGAGGAAGAGGGAGAGGAGGCGGGGGCGCCUUGCGCGGAGGCGGCCGCGGGGCGAGCGGCGCCCGCGGGAGCCCUCAGCGGUGCCGCCGCAUCCCCGGACCGCGGAGCCCGCGCGCGGGAUGGUCCUCCUUCCCCGGGAUGCGGCUCGGGGCCGGCGGCGGGGGGCUGCCCCGAGUCCUCCUCCUCCUCGUGCCCGUCGCCGCUAAGCAAGGCCGGCGGCUUCCCGCCGCUGGGCGCCGCGGGGCCAGCGGAGGGCAAAACCUCCUCGUCCUCCUUCGGCUACGAGAGCGACGAGGAGGAGGAGGAUGCGGGGAGCAAGGCCGGCGGCGGGGCGCCGCGCGCGGGCGGCGGCGGCCGUGAAGAGGCGCACUACAUCAGCACGCACGAGAUCCAGCUCAGCGAGGUGGAGCACGACAUGGACUUCGACGCGGGGCUCGCCGCCCGCUGGGACUUUGAGGACAACAACGUGAUCUACUCCUUCGUGGACUACGCCUCCUUUGGGAGCGACGAGACCCUCGGGGACACGCAGACGGAGGAGGACAAUAGCUGCUACCUGAGCACGACCACCAGCGACCCCAACAACCACACGGACAGCAUCGAUAACACGAGCAGCACGGAGAUCGUCAGCAUUAAUUCUGAAAACGAUACCCCCGGCACGGACAAAUGCGGCAGCUCGGAAGAGAGCCCGUCCAAGCAGCCCGGCGACACGAGCGAGAAUCCCGCAGGCCAGAUCCUCCUAUCAAUCAAACCGACUUCCCGGGCUAUAAAUGAGUCUAGCAACGUGCACGAAAAGCAAAACAUUAUUUAUGCUGCCAAGCAUGAAGGCGACAUGAGCCUCCGUGUCUCCACAGCUCCUGAACGCAAUUCAAGUUUAAAACAAGAUGCGAUCCAUGACCAUGCAAAAAAAUUUAUUGCGGUCCCCGCGCGUCUGCAAACCAGGUGUGGAGCCAUAAGGGCCAAGGAAGUGGGCGAAUACUCGAGCGGCGCCUCCAGCGCCGUCAGCGAGCUCGACGAUGCCGACAAAGAGGUGCGCAACCUGACGGCSAGGGCUUUCCGCAGCCUCGCCUACCCCUACUUCGACACCCUCAACCUCAGCUCCAGGGCCUCCUCYGCCUCCCUGCCCGACAAUGCGCUCGGCAUCAACCGCUGGUCCACCUACCUGGACCUCAAAUGCAGCAGCCUGGCGCCCAAGGCGGAGCCGAGCCUGCUCCGCGGCGGCGCCCAGGGCGGCGGCGGCCACCUCUGCGUGCGCUCCAACAAGUCGCAGACGAAGGCGCUCGAGUUCGUGGUCAGCAAGCUCGACGGCGAGAUCACGCACGUGGAAACGCCGUCGCUGGCGGCCGAGCGGCUGCGCGAGGGCUCGCGCGAGGGCUCGCGCGUGGUGACCCUGCUGGGCACGACGCUCAACRUGGGCGCCGAGGCGGCGGGGGGCGGUCGGGCGGCGGACGCGGCCGAGGACGCCAGUAAGAAGUCCAAGUUCGCCUCCAGCCUCCUGAAAAAUGUCAUCUCCAAGAAGAUGCAGCUGGAGCACGAGUUCAAGAUGGAGCGCGGCGAGAUCACAGACACGUCGUACACGGGGCUGGCGGGCGCGGAGAGGCCGCGCGAGGGCGGCGUGCAGCGGCAGAGCUCCCGGCACUCGGAGGGCAGCUCGGAGCUCGCCGCGGCGCCCGCCGAGGAGCCGGAGGCGGCCGGCGACGGCUCCAAGGCGUCGACGCCGCGCGACGGGAGCCACGGCCUCGACAGAGCGGCGCCCGAGGAGGCGUGCGAGGUGAAGCGCAGCGCCUCGGACGCCAUCAAGGCGACGUUCCUGCGCAGCCAGAACAGCGCCUUCAGGUCCUGGAAGGAGAGGGAGGCGGAGAAGAAGGAGGAGAGGGCGCCCGUAGGGAAGCUGAAGCUCUCGGGCCGGCAUGACUGGCGCGCCGACCUGGGCGAGCUGUCGGCGGGCAAGUCCACGAGGAUGUCGCGCCUCUUCGUGCCCACCAUGCAGCAGGCGGCCAAGGAGAAGGAACCCGGCAAGCAGGCCACCAAGUGCUCCACGGCCGCGGCGAAGCCCAAGGCGCCCGAGAUCAAGAUCAGCCUGGGCAGCGUGCAGCAGCCGCGGGAGCCGCCGUUCAGCAUCGCGCAGCUGCUCACGCCGCACAUCGCCGCCCCGGGCCCCGCUCCCGCUAUAGAAACGAGGUGGUUUUGUACUCCUGCUGAGAGCAGCUACACGGAGGAAUAG